AUGGCAACAUUCUGGCUGGUCAGUGCCUUUUUCGGAGCCUUUCUUCUCUUCAGUUUGGAUUUCAAUGAUGCAGUCGUGUUCAAGUUCACCAACUUUGCCUGCGAGAGCUAUAACAAAACGUGGUUUACUUUCUCCCACUGCCGACUCAAGGCCAUCAAUCGGGACAAAAUCGUCCUGAAUAUGAAUGGAACCUUGCACUAUCCGGCCCACAAGAUCAAAAUUCAUGGUAAACUUUAUAAAAAGGAAAAUGGCUACAAGCCGUGGCUCUACGAGAGAACUGUGGAUGCUUGUAAGUUUAUGCAACAGAAAUCUGACCCCCUAGUCUCCAUUAUGUAUAACUUGAUGAAGGACUUCACCAAUAUCAACCACUCUUGUCCGUACGUGGGUCCUCAGAUAGUUAAGGACUUUUAUCUAAAGCCAGAACUACUGCGUGUACCAAUUCCCACAGGCGAGUACAUGUUGACCCUAAAGUGGUUCAUCGACAAGAAGCCACAAUUCGACACUAAUUUCAGCGCUGCGUUUGUUGAAGAUAUUCUGGCAAAAAAUUAA